UCACGUUUAAAAGUGAACGUCAUCACGUUUAAAAGUGAACGUCAUCACGUUCCAGACGCGCUCUCUUCUGUGACCCAAUCAGUGUUGAGCAGUCUUGCCCUGUGUCUGCGGUCUACUUGUGUUUACAAGCGAAAAUGGAGCGGAGCCCGGAGGAGGACGACCUGGGCCCGGAGGAGACGGCGGCGGCACUUCUCGCUCCGGUUCUGACCCUUGGGUCUCCUCCGGAGCUCGGGCUCCAGGUGUGUGAAUUCUUCCGGCUGCAGGUGACCGUCCUGCGGCGGCGGAGGCAGCGGGAGAUGCUGGAGAGGGAGCGGCGGCGGCGGCAGUACCUGCGGAGGAGGAGAGCCUUCCUGCUGUCCUCCCUGGCGGCGGCGCUCAGCCUCCUGUCCAGCACCAGCAGACCGAUCUGGGUCCGGGACCGCAGCCGCGGGCAGAACCUGUGGGCCACGGCCGAAGCCUUCGACGACGAGGAGUUUAAGGCGCAGUUUCGCGUGUCCCGCUCGACCUUCGACUACCUGCUCGAACUGAUCGGCCGCGCGAUUAAACGCCGCAAGACGAACUACCGUGUCCCCAUCGAGCCGCGCCGCCGGCUGGCCAUCACCCUGUGGUGGCUGGCCCGCUCCGGGGAGUACCGCUCCAUCGCCGACAUGUUCGGCGUGGGCAUCGCCACGGUGUGUAACAUCGUGCGCCAGGUCGCCACGACCAUCGUGGAGCGGCUCUUCCACCGCUUCGUGUCGCUCCCGAGCGGCCAGCGGCUGGACGACACCAUCCAGGCCUUCAAGGACCGCUGCUACCCGCAGUGUGCCGGGGUCAUCGGCGGCAUUCACGUCCCCAUCGCUGCUCCGAGGGAAAACCCGGACCACUACAUCAACCGGAGCGGCUGGCACUCCGUCAUCCUGCAGGCGGUGGUGGACCACAACGCGUGCUUCACAGACGUGUACGCCGGCUGGCCUGGGAGCAGCAGCAGUGCCACGGUACUGUCCAGUUCUGACCUGUACCUGAAGGCAGAGGACCGGCCUGACGGUUACCUGUUCCCUCGAGAGCGGUCGAUCCUGUCCGACGGCGUGGAGAUCCCCGUUCACCUGAUCGGCGACGCAUCGUUCCCUCUGAAGCCGUGGCUGAUGAAGGGCUACAGCAAAGAGCAGCAGCUCUCCCCCGAGCAGCGCCGCUUCUCCUUCACCUUGUUCUCGGCCCGCUCUGCGGUGGACACCGCCUUCACCCGCCUGAGAGGUCGAUGGAGGUGUCUGCUGAAGAAGAGCGACGUCAACAUCUCCAUGGUGCCCCGAGUGGUCGCGGCGUGCUGCGUCCUGCACAACAUCUGUGAGCUACGGGGGGACGGCUUCCUGCCCGAGUGGAACGUCGACAUGGCGCCCUCGGAAAAUUACCUGCGGCAGCCCGACAUGGAGCCGUACAACGCCGACACGUACUGCACCGCCGAGGUCAUCAGAGACACGCUCACUUACAACCUGCUGACUAUUCUGCAGUACUGAACACACAGACUUAAGGGUCACUUACACACCCGGUGAUAAAAUGUCAACAUCCUGUCCAAAUGGUCAGGUGCUGUGUUCCAUUUACGUCAGAGUUCGGAACUCUCAGAAGCGAGAACCACGGGCGCAAACGUAUCAAGUCAAUAACAACGACAAAUCCACAGUAGUUUCCACAGACAGAGACAGUGUAGCGACAUUUUCCACGGAUGGAAAUACAAAGUGUAACUAAAUCCAUCGACCAGGGGACACGCGGCAGAGGGUGUUUCAAGGGUUCCCACAGGUCCUUGAAAUCAUUGAAGGUUUGUGAAUUUGCAAAACAAAAAGGUCUUUUGAAAAGCACCCUUAAUAUACAUGGGUCUUUGAAAUCCUUGAAAGUUUUUUAAAAUCACCCUUAAUAGACCUGGGUCCUUGAAACCAUUAAAAGUUUGUGAAUUUGAAAAAAAAUCAAGGCCCUUGUAAGUUUUUGAAAAUGACAUUGGUCCUUCAAAUCCUUGAACAUUUUUGAAAAUGACAUGGGUCCUUGAAAUCCUUGAAUGUUAUUGAAAACCACCCAUAAUAGACAUGGGUCUUUGAAAUUCUUUAACGUUUUUGAAAAUCAGCCUAAAUAGACAUGGGUCCUUGAAAUCCUUGAAUGUUUUUGAAAAUGACAUGGGUUCUUGAAAUCCUUGAAAGUUUUUGAAAAUCACCCUUAAUGGGUGAUUGAAAUCCUCUGGUGGAGGCAGAUUCACGUUAGCAGGCUGAAGUGAACUCAUAUCUGCUGACGUGUCUGUUUUAUCUGGUUUAACAACUCUUAGCAUCUUUCUAUAGAAUCCUCUUUAUAUAUAUAUGAAUAUAUAUAUUUUUUAACAUUUCAUUUCACUACAGAGAGAAAUCGUCUUCUUCAUGUAUUUAAAGUCGUUAUAUCUGUUACUGUUUGUAUAUACAU